AUGUCCUCGUCGUCCGCCGCCGCCGGCGCCUCCGUGCCGGGGGCCACGCCGGCGGACGCCCUCCGCCGCAACCGUAUCAUCUCCAGCAAGCUCUACUUCGACGUGCCGGGCUCCAAGGCUCCGGUGGUCUACUCCACGGCGUACGACAUCGCCUUCCUCGGCAUCGAGAAGAUGCACCCGUUCGAUUCCUCCAAAUGGGGCCGCAUAUGCAGGUUCCUCACCAAAGAAGGCCACCUGGAGAAGAACCGAGUGGUGGAGCCAUUGGAGGCUUCCAGGGAAGACCUGCUGGUGGUUCACACGGAGGCAUACUUGAACAGCCUCAAGAGCAGCUUCAGGGUUGCAGCCAUUGUAGAGGUUCCUCCAUUAACGCUCAUUCCUAAUUGGCUCGUACAGCAAAGGCUACUGUACCCCUUCCGGAAACAGGUGGGUGGGUCCAUUUUAUCAGCUAAACUUGCGCUUGAGAGAGGAUGGGCGAUUAAUGUCGGUGGAGGGUUUCACCAUUGUUCGGCGGAGGAAGGGGGUGGAUUUUGUGCAUACGCUGAUAUUACGCUCUGCAUUCAGUUUGCGUUUGUCCGUCUGGAUAUUUCAAGAGUAAUGAUCAUAGAUCUGGAUGCUCACCAAGGAAAUGGUCAUGAGAAGGAUUUUGCUCAUGAUGGAAGGGUUUACAUUUUGGACAUGUACAAUGCUGGAAUUUAUCCGUUUGAUCAUGCUGCUAAGCGAUAUAUUGAUCAGAAAGUUGAGUUAGUUAGUGGGACAGAAACAGAUGAUUACUUGGAUCAGCUUGACAAGGCUUUGAAGGUCGCCCAAACUAGAUUCCAGCCCCAGCUUAUUAUUUAUAAUGCUGGGACAGACAUCCUGGAUGGUGAUCCAUUGGGCAACUUGAAGAUAAGCCCUGAAGGUGUGGUGAUCAGAGAUGAGAAGGUGUUCAGAUUUGCAAAAGAUCAGAACAUUCCACUUGUCAUGAUGACAUCAGGAGGCUACAUGAAGUCGAGCGCACGUGUAAUCGCAGAUUCGAUUACCAAUCUCUCACAGAAGGACUUGAUACAGCUAGGUAGCCAGCCAGACUAA